AUGGCCUCCCAAAAAAUAACCAACGCCCUAGCGGCCAUCGAAUCCAACACACACCAAGGAACAAAGCUAGAGCAAUACAAAGAGCUCCUAAAUGACAUGGUGACAACCUCCUCCGGCCACGAACUCGCCCAAGACCUAGUGUACUUCCUCGACUCGAUCCUCAGCGAAGAAGUGAGCAUCGUCGCCGCCCGACCCCUCCUCGACAUCUUCAUCACAGUUCUCCAGACGCUCAACGCAGAGACCAAAAUAAAAGUCGGCCAACAUGCCAUCACCCUCCUUCAGACCCGCUCCGCCUCCGUCGAAGAGCAAGACUCGCAGAUUCGCGAGAUCCUCGCCGAUGCCUACGAAUCCCAAGAGGAAUAUACAGCAGCAGCACGGGCCCUGCAGGGCAUCCAUAUCGACAGCUCGCAGCGACUAGUUUCAGACGCAGCGAAAGCCCGCCUCUGGAUCCGCAUCGUACGCUACUACCUCGAAGACGAUGACACCACAACCGCCGAGGCCUUCCUCAACCGCAUCAAAAACCUGCCCUCCAAACUCGAAGACCACGAAUCACAGCUGCACUUCCAGCUGUCCCAGGCUCGAAUCCUCGAUGCCCGCCGCCGCUUCAUGGACGCCGCACAGGAGUACUUUAACGUCAGUCUAGCGCCGGGCGUUGACGAAGGAGACCGGCUUACCGCGUUGUCCGCGGCAAUCCGCUGUGCUCUUCUCGCACCCGCUGGCCCGCAGCGCUCCCGCUCCCUCGCCCGUCUCUACAAGGACGACCGCACACCAUCCGUCGAUGAAUUCGGCAUUUUGGAAAAGAUGUUCCUCGACAGACUGCUUACCGCGGAUGAAGUUGCUGCGUUUGCGAAGAAACUCGCGCCGCACCAGCUUGCUGUUACGGCGGAUGGCACGACCGUUCUCGAUAAGGCGGUUAUUGAGCACAACCUCGUUGCAGCGAGCAAGCUGUACGAGAAUAUCCGCGUCGAUGACCUCGCCUUGAUUCUCGGGUUGCAGUCUUCGGGGGAUCUGUCGGCUGGUGAGAAAGCGGAGGCGUAUGCGGCGCGUAUGAUUGAGCAAGGACGUCUGCGUGGUCGUAUUGAUCAGAUCGAUGGGGUUAUCUUGUUUGAUGCUGAGUCUGCUGGUGGCUCCUCUGCGAGUGCUUCUAAUGGGACGAAGUUGAGGCAGUGGGAUCUUGGUGUGCAGGAUCUUGCGGAGGAUGUGGAACGUGUUGCAGCUAGUAUCUCUGAUCAGUUCCCGGAAUUCGCUACGAGCCAGAUGGUGCAUUAG